CGUUGUCCCCUUCAUCGCAAAAGGAUCCAAUUCCCCAGUUCCAGAGGCGGCAGACGACAAUGACGGACUUCAUCGCCAAGGAACAGGCCGCGUACCCGGACAUCGCACAGCGCUAUCAGAAGCUCAAGGACCUGCACGUCCGCAAACUUUACCAUGAACUAACGGGCGAACUCGAAGCCUUUGUGCGUGACCCCAUGUGCCACAAGCAUCCGCAGAACCUGACCAGGCUGUACCAGGAGUUUAUUCGCCCCUUUCAGGACAAACUCAACCAGAUCCGCCUUGUGGUCAUCUGCACCGAGAUCAGCACGCAGUUCGCAGACCCUGCGAAGGCUCAGGAGUUCAUGGAGCAACUCCUAGGCCAGCUGAGCACUAAGACGGCGCACGAGGCUGUUCUGCUGUGCAAGAUGCAGAUCGCACAGCUCAAGUUCCGUCGUGGCGCCGACUUUUUAGCCGAAGUGAAGGCUACAGUGGACGACGACAAGCAGGUGAUCGAAGGCCUUGUGGGUGCGGAGCCAGUAGUUCAUGCAGCCUACUACCGUGUGGCCUGUGACUACUAUGGAGCACUGGGACCUGCCGAUAAGUUUUACAAGAACGCGCUCAUGUUCCUCGCCUACACGCAAUACGAUGAGAUGCGUCCCAACGAACGCUUCGACCUAGCCGUAAACAUCAGCAUUGCUGCGCUCACUGGUGACGGCGUCUUUAACUUCGGUGAAGUGUUGGCGACCCCGAUCCUGCGCGCGCUGGAGGGCACGGACAAGCAGUGGCUCUCGGACCUACUGCACGCGUUCAAUAAGGGCGAUAUUGACCGGUUUAACGAGAUCGUGGGGCAGAACAGCAAGGAGUUUAACGCGCAGCCGGCGCUGGUGAGCAAGCAGGAGUACGUGAAGGAGAAGGUGGCUCUGCUGGCCUUGAUGGUGCUAGUGUUCCAGCGUCCGUCGCAUGAGCGCAACAUCCCGUUCCAUGAGAUCGCAGAGGCUACGCGUCUGCCGUUGGAGCAGGUGGAAUGGCUCGUGAUGCGCGCGCUGUCGUGCAAGCUCAUCAAGGGAUCCAUCGACCAGGUGGACGGCAUCGUACGGGUUACGUGGGUGCAGCCACGUGUGCUGGACAACUCGCAGCUGCAGGAGCUCGUGACGCGUCUGGAUGGCUGGGAGAAGAAGGUCAACUCAACGUUGCUGUAUGUGGAGGAACAGACCCCCGAGCUAUUCCAGUAGGCAGCCAGCCACUCUUAACUGCCUUUACAGUUGAAUCAACAGCAAAACUAAUGUCAAGGGUGGGAAAAUGAUACGAUAUACGGCUUGUUUGUGUGUUUUGUACAGGCCGAAGCUCAGAUUAUCAGUCAUACCAUCGACACCUCUGUUUGCUGUAGAUAAUUGGCGACUGUGUGGGCGCUUGGACUGUCAUGGGACGUUGAAAGCCUUUUAGUCGUUCCUCAGACUUAUCUGACCACCACGGCGUUCGGUACAACUGCGUAGGAAUAAUUAGUAUUCAUGAAUAUGGGCAAAAGAGCAGCUAAAACUGCUGGAACGAACCGGACUUGAUCCUUGAACCGCCAAUUUGAACGUGCUUCGAGCAGCAGCGUUAUCCUUGAUUUGCUCGGCGAGUUUCUAACAUGACACAGAUCAGUUGCUUGAUGUGAAU